AUGGAACGUCAGCUCCUCGAUGGCAUGGUGACGCGUGUCACGGGCGAAAGUGACCAACGGAAUGAGGCGGGGCUACGUCGUCGCGCCUACCCUCUCCAAUCUCAUGUUCUUCUUCGAGCUCCUAGGCGCCUACGGCGACGAACGCCCGGUAGCUGCAUCACCUACAGGAUUUACGGCCAACUCCUCGAUCGUCGGCGAAUGCGCUCCAAGCUGCGUGUAUCCACAGCCAUCGUCCACGAAUUUCUAUUCGCCAACGACAGCGUUCUCAACGCUACCUCCGAAGGGGAUAAGCGAACGAGCAUGGAUCUCUUCUCCGCCGCCUGCCAGACCUUCGAACUGAUAAUAAAAAUGGAGAAGGCAGUGGUCAUGCACAGACAGUCGCCGAACGCUGAGUACACUUUCCCUCGCAACCAAGUCAACGACACCGAAUUGAAGACAGCGGACAACUUUGCAUACCCAGGCAGCACAAUGUCAACUGCAUCAGAAUUGGUAACAAAGUGA